GUUCGAUCUGUUCCCAAGAUCCUAAGCCCUGGGGAUCAGGAUGGGUUUGACGAGGAAGCAGACGAGACUCUGUUAGUGCAGUGGGAAUGGCAGGGCCACAUGCAGAGGCGAAUCCAAGAAGGCUACAGAGAUGGAAUAGAUGCAGGCAAAGCAGUCACUCUUCAACAGGACUUCAAUCAAGGUUACAAAGAAGGUGCAGAAGUCAUAAACUAUGGACUACUCAGGGGAACACUGAGUGCUUUCCUCUUCUGGUGUCACCUUCAUGGCAAUAGUUCAGCUUUGAUCAGCAAAAUAAAUAAUCUUCUGGAUGCAGUUGGCCAGUGCGAAGAGUGUGUGCUCAAACGUCUGAAAUCAGUCACGUCACAGGCCCAAGUUACAGAUUUAUUGGACUCCAUUGAGGAUAUGGACCUUUGUCAUGGAGUUCCAGCUGAGAAAAAGAUUGAUGAAGCUAAAGAUGAAAGACUCUGUGAAAACAGUGCUGAGUUGAACAGAACCUCUGACGAGAGUCCUAGCAGGACCUGUUCACUUUCCGAAUGGUGCAGAACACAAGAGCACACACACUUGGAAAAACCAAGCCUCGCUUGGAUUCUGGACCAGACCACCAACUUAGUGAAACAGCUGGGGGUAUCAGUGGACAGACUGCAGCACCUGAGACAGCUAUAAAAUUAUCUCCCUUCUGUAGUGGAAGUAAUGCUCCAAUAGU